UACCACGCGCACUACCGCCGCUGUCCGUCCAGCCAGCGUUACGCGCAACUAAAAAAAAACUUUAAAAAGUUAGUGCAGUGGCCAGUGAUUUGUGUAAUUUAAAAGUUUUGAAGCAGCCAUGAAGCACAUCGUACUGUUGGCAGCCUGCGUCGCCAUGGCGGCGGCACACCAUGGACACGUCCCCGAGCUCCGUGCCAUCGCCCGAGUGGGUGACCCCAACAACCCAGCCAACAUCCAAGGCAACGUGACAUUCACCCAGCUUCAUGACGGCAAAGUCCGUAUCGAGGGAACAAUUCUUGGUCUGCCUCAUGGACAGUACGGAUUCCAUGUCCAUGAGAAGGGAGAUCUGACUGGAGGAUGCUUAAGCACCGGCGGACAUUUCAACCCGGAGCAUAAACAGCACGGCCACCCCAACGACGAAGAGCGCCACGUCGGUGACCUCGGCAACGUAGAGUUCGACGACACCCGCAUCGGCCGCAUCGAUUUCACCGAUUCCCUCAUUUCCCUGGUUGGCGAGCACAGCAUCCUCGGCCGCGCCGUAGUGCUACACGAGAGAGCUGAUGACUUCGGUCGCACUGAACAUCCUGACUCGAGGAAGACUGGCAACGCUGGCGGUCGAGUCGCUUGUGGCGUCAUUGGCAUUCUGGAUCCCGUCGAUGGUUGGAGCAACACAGCGUCCUUAGCCUCCAUCGCACCAUCCAUGCUCCUCCUCUCAUCUUUAACAGUCUUGCUGCGUUAAUAUAUCUACUCUGACAAACCCAUUUUGUCAGUAGAAAAAGGCGCGAAAUUCAAAUUUUCUUUGGCAGGACAAGUUCGUGCCUACAUUUUUUAAAGCGGCUUUUUUCUAUUGACGAAAAGGGCUUGCUAAUCUAUAUUUAUUUACUAUCCAUUGAAAUUCAGAAAUAGAUACAGUAACCGACAACUGGCAGGAAGUGGCACAGGAUCGGGACAGGUGGCAUUCUCUCGUUUUGGAGGCCAAGACCCUCUUUGGAUCACUGCGCCACGCUAGUUAGUUAGUUAGUUAGAUACAGUAACCCCUAUAAUGGACGUGGCACCAAUAAUGAGACGUAAACCACAAAGAUUUCCAAAUAAAUAUUUAACAUCAGUUUUUAAACAUUUUCACCAGGACAAAAGUCAUAGAGCUGCUUAAGUUUGAUGUAUCAUUAAUUUUUCAUUGUCUGAAUUUAAAAAAUGGCACCAUUUUAUCCUUAAAAUGAGAAUAAAAACAUAAUUAAUGUGUUAAUUAUGUUAAAGCCAAUUGCAGUAUUUUUGACAAAUAGGAAAUUCAACUUUUAACGCGCAAAACGGUUGAAGUUUGACAGGUAUUCGUAAAAUAUCAAAAAAUAAGUACUCCAAAUUUUAUCUUGUCUCAUGAUUGGUGCCUUACCAUACAGUAAACUGUUAUAAGUUUAUUGUAUCUAAUCCUGGCUAUUAUUUUUAAUAUCCAAAGUAUCUGAGUCCUGAGUGCAUAUUGUUUUAUUGUAUAAUUUUAAUGGCAACUAAAGUUCUCCUACGUGAAAAAGUAUCUUAGUGGCGCCAUCUAAUAGAUAAAAGGUCAAAGGUAUGGCGGCAUUGUUUCGAGCGAUGGUGCCACAACCUUUACCCGAUGCCUGGUAAGAUGGCGCCACUUUUUGUUAAUAUACAAAUUUAACACAUAUCAGUGAAAGAAUAAGGAUCAAAGUGAAAUGGCGUUCUAAAGUUUUAAUCAUGUGCCGAAAUAUGGCAGUAAAUUUACUGUGGCUACAAAAUUUUCUUUGACAAACCACCUCUAUUUCAAAUUCUGUUUGGUAUUACGAGCAAGUGCUGCAAGUGCGAUGAAAACCUAUUUAUGAACUCUACUAUACUUGCAAAUUUGUAUUAUCUCAAUGAUACAGUAUUAUUUACAGUCUAUACUAGAGGUUUUCGUAAAAUCUUUUUUAAUUGAUUUUUUUGUCUCGUGAGGGCUUAUUAUCGCACGUUUUGUUUGCUUUUACACCUGUACUUAACCUGUCAGUUAUCUGUGCUUUAUAAUUAGUAAGUUACGACUAGUUAUGUAAGUAAAAUGCCUAUGUAAGUAUUUAUUUUUGCAAAACAUUGUACAGAUUUUUUACGAAUAAAGCGUGUUAUUUCCACGUGCAA